CAGAGGGUGUUAUGCAUCACACCCGGCUGACACACAUGCAUACACACACACACACACUUAACUCCCCUGUGUAUUUCCUAACCUAGGCUGAGUCUUACUUGAAGACAAAGAAACUUUUACAUUUACUUGCUGCAAGCAAGCAAACAAGUCAGCCAAAAGUUUUGGGUUUUGAGUAAACACACCAAGCAAUGGAAAUGGACAUGAACUCCUCGUUUGGGGAGACAACAGCGGGCUACGUGGACUACAGCUCAGAGACGGACGCUCCGCUCUGCAACAGAGAAACGAACCACAACUUUGGGGUCAAACUCUCCACCUUCUACCUGCUGAUUUUCACACUGAGUGUGGUGGGAAACAGCUUGGUCCUCUAUAUCAUCUGCAAGUUCGAGAAACUCAACACGGUGGGGAACAUCUUCCUCCUCAACCUGGUGGUGUCGGACCUGGUCUUCAUGUCCAGUCUGCCCUUCUGGGCCGUAUACCACCACAAGUCCAGCUGGAUCUUCGGCCGGGUCUGGUGUAAGAUUGUGGGCAGCGCCUACUUCCUGGGUUUUUACAGCUCGAUCCUGUUCCUCACCCUCAUGACCUUUGACCGGUACCUGGCAGUGGUCUACGCCGUGCCGUCCACCAGGCUACGUCGGAGGAGCUACGCCCUCGCCUCAUCCGCCGCUGUGUGGGGCAUCAGCCUCCUGGCGUGCAUCAAGCCGUUUCUACUCUACGACCAGGCCGAGCAUUACUACCAGGGGUUGGUGUGUGAGGAGGUUGGUACCCCAGAAUCGAUUGUCUCUGAGGAAUUGGAGCUGUCGGGGCCAUACCUCCAGUUAGGUUUGUUUUUCCUAUUUCCUCUCAUUGUUGUUUUUUACUGCUACGUUAGGAUUGCCGUGACGGUCAUCUCCUCCAGGAUGACCAACAAGUACAGGACGGUGAGACUCAUAUUUGUCAUAGUACUUCUGUUCUUUGCAUGCUGGACUCCUUAUAAUGUGGUGGUGAUGCUUCAAGCAGCUGAAGUCGACUGUGUGAAACUCCGUAAGCUUGACUAUGCGCUGCAUGUUACUCGUAUGGUCACAUAUCUGUACUUCUGUAUCAAUCCUGCCUUCUACACCUUUGUGGGGAGAAAAUUCCAGAACCACUUCCGGAUUCUGCUGCAGAAACAUAUGCCGUGUUUAAAGAACCAUGUCUCAAUCAAUGGUAGCCGGACACUGUCACAUAUUAGAAACCCUCAAGUGGGCAUAACUAGUCAGACAGAUGUUCUGGUAUGAUAUAGGAGCCCUGUGGCACAGGAAUGCACAUUAAUUCAUGUCUAGGAGUCUCAUAUUAGUUAAUGAACCUUGAAAAAUGUAUGUUGCUAUUCACCACUGUGCCUCUGCCUCUGCAUUGCUUGCUCUUUGGGGUUUUAGGCUGGGUUUCUGUAAAGCACUUUGUGACAACUGCUGAUGUAAAAAGGGCUUCAUAAAAUACAUUUGGUUGAUUGAUUGAAAAUAAAUGUGUUUAUAUAAUGUUAAUUGUAGAUGUGAGUUACCCCCUUACUGUGUAAAGUAUUUGAAUGCUUCGGUUGGUAGAAAGGCACUCUAUAAAUCCAAUCCAUCAUUAAUGCUCCAUUAUUGUACAAUUUCAAUAAAAUGUUAUCAAGAACUUGGAGACAAGUUGUGACAGGACAAGUUAAGACAUGACUUAAUGUGUCAUAACAAUGUGCAAGUCAUUCUUUUCUAUAUUUACUCUCAGUCAAAUUUGUACAUUUUGCCUCUGGCUAACAUUAUCUGGCAAUGCAAAACGUUGCUGUUUGGAAAAUAAACAUUACUCCUGACUCAAUAUGCAGGCUGAGUAGCUAACUUCCUUCUUCCAUUCACACCUACAUGUUUGAAAAAUGGAGCGAGCAUACCAUGUUUCACUAAUUAUGUAGUAACAUAUACCAGUUAACAAACACUUUCCUCCAAAGCAACAUAGUCAUGCAUGCAUACAUUUUUGACAUAUAGGUUGUCCCGGGAACCAAACUCACCAUCUUAGCAUUGCAAGCGUGUGCUCUACCAACUGAGCUAGAGAGGACCUCUACACUGUUGGUUUAAUUUAUCUGAUGCUACAGUUAGUUUCAACCUUUUGGGGAGAUUGUGCAACAAAUUAGGACAGAAUAGAAAGAUAAUAUCGAAAGGCGAGAUGACAAAAGGUCUGAUUCAGAGGGUGUUAUGCAUCACACCCGGCUGACACACACGCACACACACCUACCUCCCCUGUGUAUUUCCUAACCUUGGCCUGAGUCUUACUUGAAGACAAAGAAACUUUUACAUUUACUUGCUGCAAGCAAGCAAACAAGUCAGCCAAAAGUUUUGGGUAAGUCAGCUAAAAUUUAUAUUUUCCUCUCUCAAUUUCUGCUGAUUUAAAUAAGUUGUUUACUGUAAGAGCUGGCAAUGUUUUGACAGGUUUUGAGUAAACACACCAAGCAAUGGAAAUGGACAUGAACUCGUCGUUUGGGGAGACAACAGCGGGCUACCCGGACUACAGCUCAGAGACGGACUCCAUGAAUGCCAAAGCAACAUACAUUAUGUAGAGUACAGUAUGAUGUUGGUUAUGUGUUGACUCCCUGUCACUUUUU